GUAGAUUCUGGUAGUCAUAAAAAUACAUAGGCCUCCUGAACAUGUCCCGGUAUUCCGAUUAGCGAGUGGAGUUGAUGAGUGCUCUUAUGCUUGGUCUCGCCCCAAGCGGGUGGAUCCUCAAGAGGAGAAGAUUAUAAAAACUCUGCUGCAUCGCUCCGGAGCUCACACACGCAGCUUUCUCAGUUGGACUUGCUUCCAAACAAAUCACACUUUACUCUUCUACGUUUGGAGUUACUUGACAAGACGGCGUUAAAGAUAACCGAAACUUGAAGUUGAUGGAAGUUUGCUGAUAUUCCAGGAAAGUUGGAUGUGGUCUCAGACAAAGUUGUCUUAGAGAUGAGUUGGGGGGCUCUGUACACCCAGCUGGGCGGGGUGAACAAACACUCCACCAGCCUGGGGAAGAUCUGGCUGUCUGUCCUCUUCAUCUUCCGUAUCACCAUCCUGGUACUGGCUGCAGAGAGCGUGUGGGGAGACGAGCAGGCUGACUUCACCUGCAACACCCAGCAGCCUGGCUGUAAGAACGUCUGCUACGACCACUUCUUCCCAGUGUCACACAUCCGCCUCUGGUGCCUACAGCUGAUCUUCGUGUCAACACCGGCCCUGCUGGUGGCCAUGCAUGUGGCUUACAGGAAGAGUGGGGACAAGCGGCACAUCAUCGCGGCCUCACGAAGCGGUGGUGAUGACAAGACCAGGCAGGUGGACCUGGAGACUCUAAAGAGGCGGCGUCUGUCCAUCACUGGGCCUCUGUGGUGGACGUACACCUGCAGCCUGUUCUUCCGCCUCAUCUUUGAGGCUGGCUUCAUGUACGCACUCUACUUUGUCUACGACGGCUUCCAGAUGCCUCGUCUGGUGAAGUGUGAGCAAUGGCCCUGCCCCAACAAGGUGGACUGCUUCAUUUCACGACCUACAGAGAAGACCAUAUUCACCAUCUUCAUGGUGGUCUCCUCUGCCAUCUGCAUGGUGCUCAAUGUGGCCGAGCUGGCCUACCUCAUCGCCAAGGCCCUGAUGAGGUGCUCCACCAGGAUUUCCAAGAGCCGUACCUAUGCUCACCCUGAUCAUGUGACCCCGGACAAGUCUCUACUACAGAAUAAAAAGAAUCAGAUGCUGCUGUCGUCUGUUACGGAUUCCUCCAGCAACAAGACUGUGUGAGGACAGCCCAGUGCCUGUUCUUUUCCAUUAGAGACUACACAUAACUAGGGAGUAGAAAUCUAUCAGUGUUUUGUUACCAUGAGAUGAGACCAUACUUGUAUCCUAGAUGCCUGUAGCAGCUGAGGACCGGCCUAACCCGGAGUCUGCUCAUGUAGAGGAUAUUUCUCUCUCAGUGCCCUAAACUACUUUUUGAGUUUUAAAAGUUAAGUACUAGAAUUUAAUGUAUUAUUGUUAUUGAUAUCAAUUUAAGGUGCUUGUAUGUUUGAGCUGUAUGUCUGUUUAGG